AAACCAAGCCCGUGGCAGUCACUGCCAAACAGCCUAUUACGCAAACCCCAGAAAACCAUCCCAUUUUUCAGUCCCAAAAUUAGCAGAAAUCACUCAAUCCAAUUACAGGCAAUUUACAGCUGAGAAAAGAGAGUAUCUCAACUUCGUGCCUCAGAUAGUUUUGCAUCGAUCAAUGGAGCGGUAUGAGAUUGUGAAGGAUAUAGGUUCUGGAAACUUUGGGGUCGCCAAGCUUGUGAGAGACAACUGCACCAGAGAGCUCUUUGCAGUCAAGUUAAUUGAGAGAGGCCAAAAGAUUGAUGAACAUGUGCAGAGGGAAAUCAUGAAUCACAGGUCGUUGAAGCAUCCCAAUAUAGUUAGAUUUAAAGAGGUCUUGCUAACACCUACUCAUCUAGCCAUAGUCAUGGAGUAUGCUGCAGGAGGAGAAUUAUUCCAGAGGAUAUGCAAUGCAGGCCGAUUCAAUGAGGAUGAGGCAAGAUUCUUUUUUCAACAACUGAUAUCAGGGGUCAGCUACUGUCAUUCAAUGCGAAUCUGUCAUAGAGAUCUUAAGUUGGAAAAUACACUUUUAGAUGGAAGCCCAGCACCACGGGUCAAAAUAUGUGAUUUUGGGUACUCUAAGUCAUCCGUGUUUCACUCCCAACCAAAAUCAGCUGUAGGAACGCCGGCCUAUAUUGCACCCGAAGUCCUGUCAAGAAAAGAAUACAAUGGAAAGCUUGCAGAUGUUUGGUCAUGUGGGGUCACUUUAUAUGUGAUGCUUGUCGGAGCUUAUCCCUUUGAAGAUCCUGCCGAUCCUAAGAACUUGAGGAAGUCUCUCAGCCGGAUACUUGGUGUCCAUUACUCGAUCCCAGAUCAUGUCCGAACAACCAUCGAGUGUAGACAUCUUUUAUCCAGGAUAUUUGUGGCCGACCCGGAAAAGAGAAUAACUAUUCCAGAGAUUAAGGGGCACCCCUGGUUCUUAAAGAACUUGCCGGUAGAAUUGAUGGAAGGAGGAGCUUAUGAAAGCAACGACGUGAAUAACCCGUCCCAAAGCAUUGAAGAGGUACUGGCAAUCAUACAGGAGGCUGGGAAGCUUUCCGAGGAGCUGAAGGUUAGGGAUGAAUUUAUGGACAGCAGCAUGGAUCUGGAUGAGUUGGAUGAUGCAGAUGUAGAAGAUUUGGAAACAAGUGGUGAUUUUCUUUGCCCAUCUUAAGCUGUUAAGCUGUGUACAUGUAUACCAAUUGCACUUCACGAAUGUAUUUGUUUCCUCUGCCAUGAGCAUCGUUUUGAAUUUGUUGUUGAAGGGGUGAUGGGGUUGUACCACGAGCAGAUGGAUUAUCAUAUAAGGAUCAUUUGUGGGUCAUAGUUGAUUCUUGAUUGGAGGAGAAUAAAGACUUGACAUGAUGUGAUAUUAUGUAAUACGAUAGAGAGAGAGAGAGAGAGAGUAAAAAGAAAAAAACAAUGAAAAACUAUUUUCUUGAUGGCAAAAAUGUAUGAACCAAAAUUGUGGUGGUGUUACUUUUGGUUUACACA